UGGAUUAUGCGGUUCAAGCUUUAAGGUCAUUCGGUUAAUCUUCUUGUGGUACAUUUGUUAUAAGCAUGUUAAAAUACUUAGUAGUUUUGUGGUAUUUUAUUUACUACGCUAAUGGACAAAGCGAUGAUGAGGACUAUCCUGGAAACGCUUACAGAAGAGAUAACCACCCACCGUUGAUGAUCUCGAAUGAGCGCUUGACUCUGGAUGAUUGUCACCUUCGGUUUUAUAAAUAUACGGCACACUCGGGAGUUGCACCUGCGUUUGGUCAUCCCGCACAGCUGAAGGAAUUCGCUCAUAUCGGAGCAAUUGGUUGGACACAACCGGAUGGUACCGUGUUGUGGCGAUGUGGAGGAACCUUAAUCUGGGAUAAUUUCGUUCUAACCGCCGCGCAUUGUGCCAUAGAUGAAAGAAGCAAGCGACCCGAUGUGAUUAGGUUCGGUGAUUUGAAUAUUUAUAGCUCCGAUGACGAUCAGUAUGCUCAACAGCUUAAAAUUAUUGAUGUGAUAAGACAUCCUGAACACCGAUUUGCGGCACAAUAUCACGAUAUUGCGUUAAUGAAGUUGGAGAAAAACGUUACCCUACAUGACACGGUAGUUCCUGCUUGCCUUUGGACUGACGAGGAAGUUAGAUUCAAAAUUUUAGAGGCUGCUGGCUGGGGUCAAAUUGGCUUUGCUCAAGAGCAGACACCGGUUCUGCUAAAAGUGAAACUUAAGCCAAUUGGAAACGAAGAAUGUGCUAAGUUUUAUACCAAUGACACGAACCGCAAAUUGAGGCAGGGUCUACAGGACCAUCAUAUCUGCGCUGUUGACGAAAAAAUGGAUACAUGUGAGGGUGACUCAGGUGGUCCGCUUCAAAUCAAGCUGAUGCACAAUGGAAGGGUGUCACCGUUUAUAGUUGGAAUUACGUCAUUUGGGACAGUUUGCGGGAAUUCAGAUCCUGGUGUAUACACAAGGGUGGCUCCUUACCACGACUGGAUUGUUGAAACAAUGCGAAGCCGCGGAGCAUUCGUAGACGAUACUACUUACAAUGCAACAUUUUGUGCAUUACGAUACGUACAUUUUCGUGAAUAUGAGGAUGCCGUCAUUACUGGUAGAACUGAUUCCUAUGUUUACACGGAUUCAACUAAGCGACAUAUAAAACGGGCUUGGAGUCUUCCAUCAUAUAUGGCGAAACUGGCUUGGCGCUCUGGUGGUGGUCGUGAAGAUUGUUACGGUGCCAUAAUAGAUGAAACCACUGUUUUGACAUUAGCGCAAUGCAUUUUUCACAACCGGAGUCCUGUUAGUCAUAUUUUGUAUCUGAAUAAUAGAGAGAUGAACGUGUCCCAUUUUCACAUUCAUCCGGAAUACACGGAAGGAUCAGGAUAUAAUAAUAUCGCUUUUGUAUAUUUGAAAAAUUUCCUUGACACACGGACAAUUCAGCCUGCAUGUAUUUGGCACGAGCGGAAGCUAUCACAUUAUGAGGUGCAUAUUUUUGGAUCUGGAAGAACAGACAUUAACGACUUUUGGCCGGCGACAAGAAAUCAGGAUGAUGAUUUAUCGUUAUUUUUAAAUCCUACAAUUAUACCUUUCAGACCACGUUUAUCUGUUCAGAAUGCUUCUACCUGUAUCAUAUCUGAUCGGUUUAAAUCUAGACUCAAAAGUGGAUUGAAAACUGAGCACUUUUGUAUUGGAAAAGAUUUCUUUCUAGUGCCAAAAUCCUGUGACCUGUUGGUUGGUGGUAGUAUUGAUGGAACUAUAUGGCGCCAAAAUGAGGAUUACCCUGUAACAUACGGAUUGGUUCAGUUUGGGAGAGAUUGUGGAUUCGGGGAACAUGCCGUUGUAACCGGGUUUGCAGAUCAUAUUGAUUGGAUGAAAUCUGUGCUUCUACCUGAUCACAUUGAAACGAAUGGCGCACCUCAAUUUCUGUAUGAUACACUGCGAGAAGGUGAAACAUGUAUGAGUGAUGACAACAGAAAAGCGGGAAUUUGCGUUUCUGUUUCUGAAUGUCCUCGGAAGUGGAAACAAUUUUUGUCCUCGGGAAAGGUUCAAUUUUGCUCUUCCAGCUCUGUAAUUUGUUGUCCUCCGGACGACAUCGAAAGUGCAUCUGAUAUUCAUCCGGAUAUAGCCUCUUGCCCGAAUGUUGUACAGAACAUCAAAACAAAAAGGCCAAGCGGAUCGAUGGUUUACAUCGGCUGGACUGAACCUGAUUAUCUGCAGUUCCGAUGUGUAGGUUCCAUACUAACAAAAAGUAUAAUUUUGACUACGGCCAGUUGUCUUGGAGAUGUAAAUCCAGAUGUUAUACAACCAUCUUCAAACAAAACGGAUAAUUUCUUUCGAGUAGACGCAACACUUAAGCACUAUGCGUACAAUACAACCGACAACAGCAAUGAUAUCGCUCUAGUGAGGUUGGCAGACAGGCUUGUGUGGAGUUCGGACGUGUACCCAUCGUGUUUAUGGACAAAUCGAACCCACACUCCACUGAUCCUGGUCAUGGCUUUUCCAAAUGGAGUUGCUAAAAUGAACUAUAACAGCGUGCUAGCGAUGUACAACUCGGAUUGUCAGCGAACUAACAGCUACCAGUUGCCUGAGUCUCAGCUCUGCGUGCGAAAGCUCUUCGAGAAUUCUACCUGUUCGGGAACGCCAAGCAUAUUGCACUGGCCAGGAGACGAUGGGGUGCAGUAUGCGAUUGGUUUAUCCACAAUUCUACCAGAUUGUGAAGAACGAUAUUAUAUGAUAUUCACCAGACUUUCAGCUUACUUAAAAUGGAUCGGAGGGGCUCUUCAAUAGUGACAUAUGUUAGUGGAUCACAUCACUGUAUCACAUAAUAAUUUAAUGAUUGUUCUAAUGUUUUCUUUCCUUUUGCCACUCUUACCAUAUGAAACAAAUCGCGGGUACUUUUUCAUUUCGACGUAUCUGCAAAUGAGAUAUUCUUUUCGUGUCUCCUCUCUUCCGCUGAUGCAUUUUGACACAUCAGCUUUGUAUAAAUCGGUUGCCGGAGUCAUUAGCAAGCCAAAUGUUUUGAAAAUUUUCUUUUCAAUGCAUUAAUAUCGCCGUAAAAAGCGGAAGAGAGGAGACACGAAGAGAAUCUCUCAUUUGCAGAUACGUCGAAAUGAAAUGUUCUGUAAACUAGCAAACUGUGAUGGUAGAAACGAAAAACCAUUCUUAUUAGAUCUUCAUUGUUUUAUCAGAGGUUUGAGGAUUGUAAAAGCUAAAAGGAAACAGAUUAUAUCACUCCUCGAUAAAUUUUAUAAUUAAA